AUGAAUGGAGGCAGGACCUCACAAAAUGUUUACCACUUACUUUGGAGAGGUAUAUUGAAACAAGUUAAAGACUACAUCAAAGAAUGCAGCAAGUGCCAGGAAAAACUAGAUCGCACCAAAACACUAUCUGAUCCAUCAGAAAUGCUGGAAGAACUUGGAAUAGAAGUGACAUCUCUUGGGAAUAUUAAUGAAACAGAUGAUGAUCUCAGUAACUCAGAGACAGCUAUUCCAUUACAAAAGAGCACUAAAUACAGACCAAUUUCAAAACUUGAAGUUGUGUUUGUGGAUAGCAAAGGCAUAGUGAAGCAAACCUCUUCAAAACAUAAUGCUGCCGUUUUGAGUCAGCUGAACCAGCAGAGAAUAUCCAACCAGUUUUGUGAUGUAACUUUGCUGAUUGAGGGUGAAGCUUUCAAAGCACAUAAAUCUGUCUUGGCAGCUAGUAGUGAGUACUUCAGAGAGCUGUUCAUUGAGAAAGGAGCCGUAGCUAGUCAUGAAGCAGUUGUGGAACUGUCAGGAUUCAGUAAAGUUAGUUUUCUUCCCCUGCUGGAGUUUGCAUACACUUCCGUGCUGACAUUUGAUUUUUGCACCAUGGCAGAUGUUGCUAUGUUGGCCCGUCACCUUUGCAUGAUGGAGAUUUUGGAGAUUUGUGAGCACAUACACAAACAGAUGGAAGAGAAGAAGCUUACAGUUUACCAGAAAGGGGACGUGCAUACUGUUGAAGCUCGUGAGGUUUUAUCAGAAGAGAACAAUAAUCAGGUAGCCUUACUUGUGAACAAUGAAGAAGCUCCAUAUACUGUGGCAGUCAGUGAAGGAGUGAUUGUGACAGUGAAUGGGGAAACUCCAACUGUGGGAGAGAACACCCUUGCUGAUGCAGUAGUACCCGCUUCUGAGACUGUGAACUCUGGCACAAGGACUGUCAGGACUGUCUCUGAAACGAGUGGUGUGUAA